ACUACACAUACACGAUAUGCAUGAACGAAUUAAAAAAGUAAAAACCUGCUGAUCGCUGAUUCUUCUGUACGAGUCUAGUGUCAACAGACGAGCGUUCGGUUAACGAACGAUUGUCACUCCGUUACAUAUUCCUCGUUUUGAUCAUCUAUUUGAUCUGACUGAACUUGAAGGAGAAAAUAUCCUGUUGGUGAAAGUGUUGAUUACACCAGUAGUACAUCAGGGGUGAAAAACGUAAUCGCUAAAUUGUGGGAAGUACGAGGGUGCAUUUUGCUGUGAUAUUCGGAAAAUUUUAAGGACUGCAGGAGACGACGAAACAUGGUUAUUUUGAGCAAUGUCUUCGCACCUCAAGAAGGAGUCAGGCACGAGGAACAAAACACUACGGUUUAUGUGAGUGACAGAGAAAUUGGAAAGGGCACUCUUUACAUAACUGAAAGUGUCCUGGCAUGGAUUGAAAGUUCAACUCAACAAGGUUUUGCCCUGCAGUAUCCAAAUAUCUCAUUGCACGCAAUAUCGCGAGAUCAGGUGGUCCAUCCGCGCCAGUGUCUCUAUAUUAUGAUUGAUACUAAACUUGAUCUAGAAGAUGACUCCGGAGAGGACGAUGAUUCCGAAAUACCUCUUACCGAAAUGAGAUUCGCACCAGAUAAUGUUAAUAACCUUGAUGCGAUGUUUCAUGCUAUGAAUCAAUGUCAAGAACUUCACCCCGACCCGCAGGACAGUUUUUCCGAUGCUGAAGAAGAUAUCUAUGAAGACGCUGAGGAAGAAGACGAUUUCGAAUACUACGAAGUUGGAGGUGGCGAUGCAUCUUAUAUUUUACCUUCAGAUCAAUCAAUAGGAAACCAUAAUGGCAAUGACUCAGAGGAAGCGAUGGAUAUUGAGGCUGCCCAGUUCGAGGAUGCUGAAGAAGAACCGUAAAAUGCCAUAGAAAAGUAAUCCAGAGAACAAGGGCUAUAAUAAAUAUGCAUUUAGGUUCUAUUAACACUGAUUUCCAACAUUGCUGACUAUAAGAAAAUACAUUCACACAAUGCAUUCGUAUUAGCUAACGUCAGUGAGCAUGUAGUAACAUACACUCGCCAUCCUCCAAGCACUAAAACUUUAUUUAUAUUCAUUUUGUACAUGGCAAUACAAUAAUUUCAUAGAAAUAAACAUUAAUCAUAAACCGA